GCGGCGGCGGCGGGGCCGGGGCGCGCCGGGCCCCGCGGAGGAGGCGGGGGCCGCCCGUCCGCCCGCCUCCCCGGGCCCGCCCCGGUGACAGCUCCGGCCUCUGAGCCCGCGUCCCUGUGUCCGCAGGCAGCCGCGCGCGGACGAGGGCGCCGCGUCCAUGACCGCCGCUCGCCGGCCGGGGACCCCCGCCGCCGCCGCCGCCGCGCAGCCCCCGGCCCGCGCCCCGCGCCCCCGGCCCCGCCGCCCGCCCGCCGCCCGCCGAGACGCCGCGGGACGCAAGCAUGGCUGGCAGCACGGAGGAGGCGCGGCGGCUGGGCUGCGUGCUGCUGCGGGGCCUCCUGCGCUUCGUCUUCAUGGUGCUCAACAACCUGGUGGCCAUCCCGUCCUACGUCUGCUACGUGCUGGCGCUGCAGCCCCUGCGCCUGCUGGACCCAGCGCUCUUCUGGUACCUGGAAGGAAUCAUGUACAAGUGGCUGCUGGGCAUGGUGGCAUCGUGGGGCUGGUCUGCCGGCUACACAGUGAUGGAGUGGGGGGAAGAUGUCAGAGCCAUCUCAGAGGACGAGGCCGUGAUGCUCGUGAACCACCAGGCGACUGGGGACGUGUGCACACUCAUGAUGUGCCUGCAGGACAAGGGGCAGGUGGUCGCUCAGAUGAUGUGGUUGAUGGAUCACAUUUUUAAGUACACAAACUUUGGAAUAGUUUCCUUGAUUCAUGGCGACUUCUUCAUAAGGCAGGGGAAGUCUCACCGGGACCGGCAGCUGCUGCUUCUCAAGAAGCACCUAGAAAAUAAUUACAGGAGCAGAGAUAGAAAAUGGAUUGUUUUGUUUCCAGAAGGGGGCUUCCUGCGGAAGAGGCGCGAAACAAGCCAAGCAUUCGCCAAGAAAAACAACCUUCCAUUCCUCACGCACGUCACCCUGCCGAGGGUGGGCGCCACCAGUGUCCUCCUGAGCACGCUGGUGGCACGGCAGGAGAACGGGAGCCCAGCUGGCGGUGACGCCAGGUGCCCAGACAGCAAAUCAAAAGGCCUCCAGUGGAUAAUAGAUGCGACCAUAGCUUACCCCAAAGCUGAGCCCAUAGAUAUCCAAACCUGGAUUCUCGGCUACAGGAAGCCUACAGUUACACAUGUCCAUUACAGGAUCUUCCCCGUCAGAGACGUCCCUCUGGAGGGCGACAGCCUGGCCAACUGGCUCUACCAGCGCUUCAUCGAGAAGGAGGGCCUCUUGGCACAUUUCUAUGAGACAGGGGCCUUUCCUCCUGCUGAGGGCCACAAGGAAGCCGUGUCCCGGGAGAUGACCCUCAGCAACCUGUGGAUCGUCCUCAUCCAGUCCUUCGCCUUUCUGUCCGGCUACAUGUGGUACAGCAUCUUGCAGUACUGCUACCACUGCCUGUUCUAGAAGCCCCGCAGUGCCCGGCCACGCGUGAGCCUUGCCGCGUUGCCUCCUGGCGCAGGGCGAAAGCCAGCAGGAGCAGACGCGGAGGCAGAGCUGCAGAGGACCUGCGCCUGGGCCCCUUUGGAUAGUGUAGACUCAGCUAAGCCAGGAUCAGCCCUUGAAUGGCCUGCUCAUAGUUUUGAAGGACUUUUCACAUUUUAAAAAGAUUCUACCCCACACAUCUACGCAAGCAGUGCGCUCGGAGCAGAGGAAGCUUCAGCCCCUCAUUCUGCGAGACCCUCUGAGUGCGUGUAACUGGCCCUGCUCUCCCUGAUUCCGUCCAUGCUCAGGGAAAGGCCAUGUGGCCUGUAGCCCUGGGCUCCCCCAUGGAUCCCUGGGGGCGCUCAUGCCCUCGUGGUGAGGUGGGGCACCAGCAGUCAGCAGGUCCGGGGGACCAGGGCCCAUGGACAUGUGCCACCAACCCACUCCCAUGCAGGGGGACCUGCACUGCCCGGGGCUGCUCCUGAUCAAGGGGGGGUGGGGGGGCGGUCUUCAGGGCACUGAUGGGCAUGUCAGCAAAUGCACCUUCCACCGGUGCAUCGAGAACAGGUCAGGGGUCAGCGGAGGUGGGGUGCUGCGCGAGCACGGCUCCUGGGGCUGUCUGCGGCCCAGCUCCUCUCCCUGGAGGCUGCUUGUGUUAGAGCUUGAUUCUCUCUCCCACGGGGGCAGAACACACCAGAUGCAUUGCGGAUGGCUAAGACUAAGUCAGGCCGAGAACUUACAGACCAGCUGGAGGAGGUCAAGCUGCUCUUCACUGGGAAAGCCGGGCUGAGCCCUACUGGCCUCCACCAGGCCACUGGCGUUCACUGGCCACUCAUCUCCCAGCCCCCAGCCUGGCCUGCCCUCCCCCCACCAGCUCCACCCCCAGAGGCUCCCCUCUCGCUCCCAGUUGCUGUUAAAGAGGAGAGAGCCUGUGCUGGACACUAAUCCCCAGCUGUCUGCCUCCAUGUCCACACAGUUCACCUCACAGGAGACCCAGACUCCAGCCACAGGACCUGAUACUGGCCCUGGGACCCGGUGUUGAGGGGGUUUGGGUCGGGUCCCUUAUCAACCGGUGGUCGUUUUCUGCAAGCCCAGCAUUGUAACCCUCCCCUCCCUGCCCUGGUGUCGCUGAUCAUACAGAUGACAACUUGGAAAAGUAGGCUAUAAAGUAAAAAUGAAGACCAAUUUUUUUAUUUUUAAAUAAACCAAAAAAAACCCAAAAAACCCAAA